AUGCAGGCAAAUGUGUCGAUCAGCUUGGACAGUUGACUAGAAGAACAUCAUCACAAAAUUCCCCAUUUCGUGCGCGCCCCUGGAUCCCGUACACCUCCACACCACUCUGCGUGGAACCGCAACGAUGGCCGGCGGUGACCUGCGCAGCCUGGCGUUGGUCUCCGCCGUGGUCACUGUGGCCAUGUGUUACGUCCGCUUGGCAGCGCGGCGCCUCCGCCCGGGCCUUCCCCGCCUCGCCGCCUUCUUCCCGGUGCUUGCCAUCCUCCCGUUCCUCCCCCUCGCCUUCCGCGCCGUCCAACUGCGCAUCAUCUCCGGCUUCUUCCUGGCCUGGCUCGCCGAGUUCAAGCUCCUCCUCCUCGCCAACGGCCAGGCCCCCCUUCACCCGUCCCUCCCGCUCCCCACCUUCGUCGCAGUCGCCUCCGGCCCCAUCCGACUCCGCACCGACAAGCCCGCCCAAACCUCGCCGUGGGGCCUCGGCCUCGUCUCCUCCGCCGUCAUGGCCGCGCUGCUCGCGGUCGUCGUGUCGCUGUACCGCUACAAGGAGCGGAUGAACCAUUAUCUCCUGCUUUGCAUGUACUCGUCCCACAUCUACCUCACCCUGGAGCUCGUGCUGGCGUUCAUGGCGGCGGCGGCGCGCACCGUGCUGGGCCUUGAUCUGGAGGCGCAGUUCGACCGGCCUUACCUCUCCUCGUCGCUGCGUGACUACUGGGGCCGGCGGUGGAACCUGUCGGUGCCCGCCGUGCUCCGGCCAUGCGUGUACCGCCCCGUGCGCACGUGGCUCGGCAGCGCGCCCGCGGGGGUGCUCGCGGCGUUCCUCGUCUCCGGGCUGAUGCACGAACUCAUGAUCUGCUACAUAACGCUGCGGCCGCCCACCGGUGAAGCCACCGUGCUGUUCGUGCUGCACGGGGCGUGCGCGGUGGCGGAGACGUGGUGGGCGAGGCACGACAAGUGGUGGCGCCCGCCGCGGCUGGCGGCGACCCCGCUUGCGAUGGCGUUCGUGAGCACGACGGCGUUCUGGCUCUUCUUCCCGCCCAUCAUGAGGCACGGGGCCGACAAGGUGAUCAUCGCCGAGUGCGAGGCGGCGGUCACGUUCCUGCGGGACGUCGGGGCCGGGGCCGCCGGCUCCGUCCGCUCGGUCUGGACCGGCAGCUCGUAGUGCGGCGACCGGUGCGUCACGCCUGACGCUCCCGUGAUCCUGAGAUCGUUACUAGAGUAAACAAUUGGCGUGCCAGCGUGGGCACUACACAUGAACGUCAUUGCGUGCACCUUGGAGAUUUUUUUGCUAUUACUCCCCCAUGAUUUUUGUAACGACUUUGACAUCCAUUAUUUGUCUUGCUGGUCUCCUCUGUUUUUUUUUGUUUGGUGUGGGGAAAUGUCGGUAUUUCCUCCGAUUCAAAUUAGUUGACUCAAUUUUAUCUACAUAUGAAUGUGUUAG